AUGGAAUUUCUGUUCAUUCUCAAUGUAAUUUUUUGUGGGUCUUUCGGAUUAUCCAUGGCAAUAUUCGGAAUUCAUUUCAUCUUCAGGUACUUGGUCAUUAACAAUAACAAAAGACUGACCUCAUCGACCCCUAUAAUUGUUUCUGUCUGGCUCCUAAUCCCAAUAGGAUUCGGUAUUAUUUGGGCUAUGAUCUGUCUGACGACACUGUUCCACACACCUGAAAAGGAUGAGUUUUUGAGAAAAACCUAUCUUAAAAGGUAUCCCGGAAAGUUGGAAGACUUGACCUACUUUGGUCCAUAUUUUUACCCAAAUGGAUCACUGGACUGGAAACCUUGCCUCGGGAUAGCUGGAUGCUCUCUAUUGAUGAAUGUGUCAUCGUUAACAAUGAUUUUUUGUGGAAUAAAAUGCUACAAUAGAAUCAAUAAUCUCGUCAGAUCUACAUCUCAAUCCAGUCUUCACAGAAGUCUUCAUUCUCAAUUCCUGAUGGCUCUCAUAGUUGAGACAUUAGUUCCUGUCUUCUUAAUGCACAUUCCAGCUGCAGUUGCGUAUACCGCUUGCUUCUUGAACAUGAGUUCCGAAAUAGCCGGAAAUAUAAUCACAAUGACUAUUGCCUUGUACCCAGCAGUCGAUCCUUUGCCGACAAUUUUUAUUAUUAGCAGUUAUCGAAACGCUGUUUUACGAUCCAUUGCCAAUCGUCUGAAGCAGUUCUCAUGCGUUCAAAAAGCUUUGGAGUCCAUGACUAAAGCCGUUGCUUCCGAGGCAAAUGAAACGGGCGUUCUGUAA